AUGAAAAACAACAGGAAGGAAGAUUCCUCGAAACAGAUGGCCGAGGGCGGCGAGAUAGAUCCAAAUGGCGAAAACAUAACCAAUAGCAGUAAUGCCGAGAGUAGUGGAAGUGGGAUCUUGAAAAAUGUGUCGAGGAAUCUCGGUGUGGGAUCAAUAAUCAGAUCGAUUAAAAAAAGCGGCAAUCUCGGGCUCCAUAACACAAGAAAGAGCGGAAACUUGGGGCCCACGCUACCUGUUGCCUCAGAAAAGAAACAAGGCCCGCAAAGAGUUGAGAGGACCACGUCUAGUGCGGCUAGGGGAUUACAGAGUCUCCGGUUCCUUGAUCGGACCGUCACCGGUCGGGAACGUGACUCAUGGAGAUCUAUCGAGAACCGUUUCAAUCAGUUCGCCGUUGAUGGAAAGCUUCCCAAGGAAAAAUUUGGCAUUUGCAUCGGAAUGGGAGAUACAUUGGAGUUUGCGGGAGAAGUAUACGAAGCAUUGAGUAGGAGAAGACGAAUAAACACCGAAAAUGGGAUCGAUAAAGAACAACUGAAGCUGUUUUGGGAAGAUAUGAUCAAGAAAGAUUUAGAUUGCCGCCUCCAGAUCUUCUUUGAUAUGUGUGACAAGGACGGAGAUGGGAAGCUAACAGAAGAAGAGGUGAAAGAGGUCAUGGUCUUGAGUGCAUCGGCUAACCGACUCGCCAAUCUCAAGAAGAACGCUGCGUCUUAUGCUUCUUUGAUCAUGGAAGAACUCGACCCUGAUCAUCAUGGUUACAUUGAGAUGUGGCAACUGGAGGUGCUAUUAACAGGAAUGGUAGCAAACCCUGCAGACACCAAAAAGAUGGCGAGAAAAUCUGAAACUCUAACGAGAGCCAUGAUCCCUGAACGUUACAGAACGCCAACAAGCAAGUACAUUUCAGUAACCGCUGAGCUAAUGCUCGAGCACUGGAAGAAGAUUUGGGUCGUUAUAUUGUGGCUCGUUGUCAAUGCCUGCCUCUUCACUUGGAAAUACACCGAGUUCACAACGAACCCUCUUUAUAACAUUGCGGGGCGUUGCGUUUCCGUCGCUAAAGGAACCGCCGAAAUGCUCAAAUUCAACAUGGCCUUGGUCUUGGUCCCCGUUUUACGAAGAACCCUAACGUUCCUCAGAUCUACUUUCUUGAGCCACGUGAUUCCAUUCGACGAUAAUAUCAACUUUCACAAGUUGAUAGCCGUGGCGAUCGCAGUCUCUUCCUUGCUGCACACGGCACUACACUUGCUAUGCAACUACCCUAGGCUAAGCACGUGUCCUUAUGACUUGUACACUAAGUACGGGGGACACCUCUUGGGGCACAAGCAACCCACCUAUUUAGGUCUAAUGUUAACCUCAGUUACGGUUACUGGACUUUUGAUGAUAGUCUUCAUGUGUAUCUCAUUCACGCUCGCCAUGCAUUACUUCAGAAGGAACAUAGUGAAAUUGCCUAAGCCGUUUAACGUUCUUGCUGGAUUUAAUUCAUUUUGGUAUGCUCAUCAUUUGCUGGUUGUUGUCUACGUUCUUCUCAUCAUCCAUGGUUACAUUCUUAUCAUUGAGAAACCCUGGUACCAAAAGACGACAUGGAUGUACGUGGCCGUACCAAUGGCGUUUUACGCGAGCGAAAGGCUUUUCUCGCGACUUCAAGAACACAACCACCGUGUCCACAUUAUCAAGGCUAUCGUGUAUUCAGGCAAUGUUCUUGCACUCUAUAUGACAAAACCUCAAGGGUUCAAGUACAAAAGUGGCAUGUACAUGUUUGUCAAGUGCCCCGACAUCUCCAAAUUCGAAUGGCAUCCAUUCUCCGUCACUUCUGCACCCGGAGAUGAAUAUUUGAGCGUUCAUAUAAGAGCAUUGGGAGAUUGGACAAGUGAACUUAGAAACAGAUUUGCAGAGACAUGCGAACCACCUCAAGCAUCGAAACCUAGUCCAAAUAAUCUUGUUAGGAUGGAAACAAGAGCAAGAGGUGAAAAUCCUCACAUUGAAGCAUCGCAAAUCUUAUUUCCACAAAUUUUCAUCAAAGGACCAUAUGGUGCUCCGGCACAAAAUUACGAGAAAUUCGAUAUACUUUUGUUGAUCGGGCUAGGGAUUGGUGCAACCCCUUUCAUAAGUAUCCUAAAAGACAUGUUGAAUAAUCUCAAACCUGGUACUCCAAAAACCGCGCAAAGGGGCGAUGGAAGUGUAGGAGGUGAGAGCUUAGGAGGAUCUAGUGUAAAUGGGGGUAGGAAGUUUCCACAAAGAGCAUAUUUUUAUUGGGUGACAAGAGAACAAGCUUCUUUCGAAUGGUUCAAAGGAGUUAUGGAUGAUAUCGCAGUGUAUGACAAAAACAAUGUGAUCGAAAUGCAUAACUACUUAACAAGUAUGUACGAAGCAGGAGAUGCAAGAUCGGCUCUAAUCGCCAUGGUCCAAAAACUUCAACAUGCCAAAAACGGUGUUGACAUAGUUUCUGAGAGCCGAAUACGAACACAUUUUGCAAGACCUAACUGGAGGAAGGUUUUUUCUGAAUUGUCAAGCAAGCACGAAGCUUCUCGCAUAGGUGUGUUCUACUGUGGAAGUCCAGCUCUUGUCCGACCACUGAAUUCACUUUGUCAAGAGUUUAGUCUCGAGUCGUCCACUCGCUUUACUUUCCACAAAGAGAAUUUUUGA